AUGCGUUUCCGAACCAUAGUAUCAAACUCCAACCUGCUGCUGCGCGUAGUCCAGAGCAUCGACAAGCUUGCCAAGGGCGCGAUCCUAAAGCUAACACCCGAAAAGCUGCACAUCAUCGUACUGACAGACAUUGACUCAGGGCUCCAGCUAUGGUCAGAUGUUGCAGUGGACGCACUGUUCCAAGACUACCGUAUUGAGAGCAUCCACAACAACGAGAUAUACCUAGAAUUCAGCAUCGACAACCUCAUGCGGGCACUGAAAUCAGCGCAGGGCGCGCUGCGCACCACCUUGAAGCUGACAAAGAAGCAGGUGCACAUCAUGAUGCCGCCUCUGAACAGCGUGCGCAGCAUUGCUGAGCGCAUGAAGACCAUGGGCGAUAGAGUCGCCAUAUCGGCGAACCGGGAGGGCGAGAUGACGAUCAGAGUGACAAACGAGUUGGGACUCGAGAAUCUCUCGUACGAUGCGUCGCAGGAGCCGUCGGCGAGCACGACGCCAGGGAGGGCGCCUGGGGACCAUUUCACAGCGGUCGUGGACAUGAAGAAUUUUCUGCGCUUUUUGCAGAGCUACCACGUCGCACCCAAGAAUAUUGUGUGCUGCAUUAUUGAGCAGCAUGCCGUGGUCUUUUACGUGUACAUCGGCACCACUGGGUAUGGCGUUGGCGCACUGAAUGACCAGAACUGCGGGUCGCUCACGUACUUUGUGCCAGUUCGCCAGGUGUGAUGGGGACUGGACGACUUUCCAUCAGCCUGCCUAGUUUUGGAGUUGCUGCAGUUUCUGGGUACCUUUUUUUUUUGUCUCCGCUCUCAUCUUAAAAAUUUCAUUUUUC